AUGAAGCUGCGGAACCGGCUCGGCCUUGGGCUACUGUCUUUCAUGGAAGCAGUCAAGGUUCCCGAGAAGGCGUGUGAAAGAGUUUAUGGAAAAGAAAAAGUCGCUGAUGGUACAGGUCACCCCAUAACAACACAUAAGCCUCGGUGCAUCCUUAUUCAAGCCCAGCACGCCGGUUUUAGGACCACUGGUGGCCGCAUUCUCAACAACGAUCAGCUUUCAGGUAGUGAAGGCCACUGUGUGGUAGCCACAGCACCUAUACUUGUGGUCUCUGAGAUCCACCUGUGA